UGUUAGUGUUGUUUAACUACUUGAAUCUGAAAUAUUCUCGGAUAAAGUUAAAUGUGGAUGACUUCAAGUGAUCGAAUGCGCUGUCGCGUCCUUUGACACGCUUAACCGUUUACGAAAACGAUUUCGCUACACUUUUGCUGACAUUUUGAUCGUUUUACCAUGCCAGAUAUUUACAAAAAAUUCAGGAAGUUACGUCGAACGCGAUAUAUUCGCACUUAGUAAUAAUUACAACGUGAAAGUGUGUGAACUCCAAAAACUAAAAUAGUGCCGUGUAUCCAUCACAUAUAUUUGCUUUAUUGAUAUUUUGAGUGUCACAGGCCUUGUGGUGCCUAUGCAUAUCUUGAGAAUUUGGACGGUGUUCUAGAUUAUUUUAAGGAUAUAAAGUUUCUCAUAUUUGGUUAAACCAUUUAGUAAACAUGUCGGAAAUAGUUUACCCGCAAGGGUGCAGAUCUGUCACAGAAGAUCUAGGUCCAGAUGAACUUAUUAGAAGAUUAAAGACAUUAGCUCAUACAUUACAAGCAAUGGGUCAAGAUGAAGGAAUGUAUCAACAAUAUAUACCACUUGCAUUACAUUUGGCAGAAGAACAUUUUUUAAUGCAUCAGAGUAAAGAUGUACAACUUUUGAUUGCAUGUUGUAUUGCUGAUGUUUUGAGGGUUUAUGCUCCAGAAGCUCCAUAUAAAGAUGCAGAACAGGUUAAAACAAUAUUCUUGUUUCUGAUUAAACAAUUAGCUGGACUAAAAGAUCCAAAAGAUCCUGCUUUUAAAAGAUAUUUUUAUCUUCUGGAAAAUUUAGCAUAUGUGAAAUCAUUUAAUAUGUGUUUUGAAUUAGAGGACUGUCAAGAAAUCUUUUGCGCACUUUUUUCUCUUAUGUUUAGGAUAGUAAACGAUGAACAUUCUGGGAAAGUCAAAAGCUUUAUGUUAGAUGUAUUAUGUCCACUUAUUACAGAAUCAGACAUUGUUAGCAAUGAACUUCUAGAUAUCAUACUUAUGAACAUUGUAGAACCAAACAAAACACAAAAGAAGAACGCAUAUUUACUUGCGAAAGAACUAGUGAUUAAAUGUAGUGAUACAUUAGAACCAUACAUUCAAGCAUUCUUUAACCAUGUAUUGAUCUUGGGCAAAGAGGAGAAGAGCUUACAAAUUUGCAAGAAAGUGUAUGAUUUGAUCUAUGAGUUAAAUCACAUAUGUCCAAGCGUCUUGCUGUCCGUCCUACCACAAUUAGAAUGUAAAUUAAAAUCUUCCUCUGAAUCCGAAAGAUUGGGUGCUGUAGCAUUAUUAGCGAGAAUGUUUUCUGAGAAAGGAUCUCAGUUAGCUGUGCAGCACACACAAUUGUGGCGUGCAUUUUUAGGAAGAUUUAAUGACAUCAGUGUAUCAAUUCGUAUCAAAUGUGUGCAGUAUUCAAUGCAUUUUUUAUUAAACCAUCCUGAACUGAGGAAAGAUAUUACUGAUACGUUAAAGUUAAGACAACAUGAUGCAGAUGAAAGUGUACGAUAUGAAGUUGUUAUGGCUAUAGUGACCACUGCUAGAAGGGAUUUCGAAGUGGUAUCAGACAGUGAAGAUUUGUUAGAAUUUGUUAAAGAAAGAACAUUAGAUAAAAAGUUUAAAAUCAGGAAAGAAGCAAUGGCAGGAUUAGCAAUGAUAUAUAAGAAACAUUUGAAUGAUGCGGAUGUGCCGCAAGCUACGAAAAAGGCUGUUACUUGGAUAAAAGAUAAAAUAUUACACGGUUAUUACAUGGCAGGAAUGGAAGAUAGAUUACUAGUAGAAAGAUUACUGAACACUUGUUUAGUACCUUACCAACUGCCAGCUGGUGAAAGAAUGAAAAAGUUGUAUCAUUUAUUAGGUACAAUUGAUGAUCAUGCAUCUAAAGCAUUUGUAGAAUUACAGAAGCAUCAGCUUGCUGUACGAAGAGCAGUGGUUGAAUGGUUAGAAAUUGUAAAAAAGCCAGACGCCAUGGUUGAACUUGUAGCUAAGAUUCAUCAGAUAUCUCGCUUUCUACCAGAUCCUAUGAAAGUUCAAGAAUUUAUACAGAAGUUCAGUGCUCACAUGAGAAAAGAUUCGACUUUAUUACAAGGAAUGGAAACAAUAGUUCAACCAAAUGUUUCUUGUAAAGAGUGUGCAGAUACAAUAAGUAUGGUUCUUAAAAAAUUGGGUCAACCUGUCAUGACGAAUUUGUAUUACAACACAAUAAAAAUGCUAUUGGAAAGAGUCAGUUCUGUAAUGAUUGAUGAAGAAGCAAUUAGGGUCUUAAUUGGAUAUGUAUUAGAUUGCUUAAAAGGUGGCAAUGUAAUAGAAGAAGUUGGACUUAAUCCAAACAAUGCAGGUGAAAAGGGUUUGAGGUUACUCGUGAUGCUUUCAUUUGUAUUUGGUCCACAUUUUCUUCAUAAUGAUAUUUUGAUGCAACUUGUCCAUCUUUUGGAAUUGGAAGAUGAAAUGGUAGCACCUUUGGUUCUUUCGAUUUUCACAUUUUUAGGGAAAUAUAAACCUUUAUGUGAUGUUGCACCGGACAUUAUGAACCUUAUGGUUCCAAUAUGUAAAAAUUUCGCAGAAACAGGAACACCAAAACAAGCAAAACAAGCUGUCAGGUGUUUAUUUGUUAAUAUGACCAAUAUUCAUGAUACUAUUUUCCCUGAAAUUAUUGAAAGAAUUAAAAAUAGUCUUACACCAACUUCAGAAUAUUAUCGAACAUCUAUAGUUACAUUAGGUCACAUAGCUUAUAAUUUACCAGAAAAGUAUCAAGUACAAAUAAAAAAUAUGGUGUCUAGGAAGAUAGUCAAGGAGUUAUUAGUGAAAGAAAGCAGUGAACAAACUGCUGAUACCAUUGAGGGAGACUGGUGCAGGGAAGAUCAAUUACCUGAAGAAACACGUUGUAGAUUAGAAGGAUUGAAGUGCAUGGCACGCUGGUUACUAGGAUUGAAGACUGAUGUGCUCUCUGCACAAAAAACGUUUAGAAUGCUGAAUGCAUUUGUAGUAAACAAAGGAGAUCUUUUGCAGCAGGGUCGUUUAAGUAAAGCAGAAAUGAGUUGGUUGCGCUUACAAGCUGGUUGUUCAAUGCUGAAGAUUUGCGAACAAAAAGGUGUUGGUGAUCAGUUUACAGCAGAACAAUUCUAUAAUUUAUCUCAGCUCAUGGUGGAUGAAGUUCCACAAGUAAGGGAAGCUUUUGGUAGCAAAUUACAUAAAGGACUUGGAAGAGGAAUUCCAAAUAAGUGUUUGCCUCUAGAUUUUAUGGGUUAUUAUGCACUUGCUGGCAAAGAGCAGGACAAAAGAUUAAAAUGUGUUUUAAAAACUUAUAUGCAAACUGAUAUAAAUAAAAGGAGAGAUUAUGUUAAGACAUUGUCAUUGGGUACAGUGGAACGGGCCAUGGGUAAGAAACUAAAUAGUCAACUGCCUCACAUUCUUCCUGAUUAUAUGCUAGUAUUUGCAGUCCCUAUUCUUGCACAUGAUCCUGAAUUUACAAGUCAUUUGAUGGUUAAUCAGUUGAAAGUGAUACAACAAUGUUUGUGGUUUAUAUUGGAACCCCUUAUAACGAAAAAUGAAUAUUAUUGUUAUGGUUUUUAUAAAAAUCUCAUAGAACGAAUGAAGAGUCAUAAGGAUGCUUUAAAACCCGAGGAUAAUAACAUGAAUUAUAAAUUGUGGGCUGUUUGCGAUUUGGCUAUGAAUGUGAUAUAUACAAAAACGACAAAUUUCGAUAUGAAAGAAUUUCCAAGUGAAACACGAAUUCCCACCAUGUACUUCAAACGAGCGGAUGAAUUGUUGACUAACACUAGGAAUUACUUACCUGCUGAAAUGCAGAUAAACAUGUCGAGUCCUAAAGGAAAGGGUUCUCUUCAUAAUACACAUUCUGUCAGUGAAAGACCACAACGUAGGGCUAAGUCCAAACAACAAAAGGAAGUGGGUAUUGGGCCGAACGAAACUGACGCAAGGCUGCAAAUUGGAGAAGUGGAAUGUAUUGAUGCACAGCCAGCGGAAGCAUCGGAAACUAGAAUUCAAUUACCUGGUUUAGAGGAAGAAAUUGAAGAACCACCAGCAAAAAGGGCAUUAAGGGAAUCAGACAAAAUAAAUAAAUAAUUAAGUGAAUGAACUAUUCAAAGGGAUGUUAGGAAUAGGGGAAAGAUCGUGAUGAUCAUAAGAAUUAAAGAAUCUAAAAAUACUUUACAAAUUAGAAAACAGAAUAUUUUGAUUAUGUACAACAAUUAAUAAACCUGUCGUUCGCGUAUGUCUAGACAGUAAGAUGUUAAGAUAAUGAUACAUUAACGUCAAAUAAUUGAUACAUAUAAGCUUACAAGACAAGGAACUUCGUGAAGUUGCAUCGCAUUCAUAAGGAAAUUAAAAAUUUACUAACUGAUCA